AUGUCAAAAAUGUUUCUAUUUUUUUUCCUUCUUCAUUUGUCUUGUAUAAUUUCAUCUUACAAUGAUAUUCUUUCUUUCUUUCUUUCUUUCUUUCUUUCUUUCUUUCUUUCUUUCUUUCUUUGUAAAAAUCUUCUCGUUACAUUCUCCUCUUUUCCUCCAAUCCAGACAAUUUACUUGAAUUUUUCUUCUUCCUCAUUUUCUUUUUUUAAAAUUGAAUAUCUAUCUAUCUAUCUAUCUAUCUAUCUAUCUAUCUAUCUAUCGCAGUGCGUACAUUUUCUUUCUACCUAUCUAUCUAUCUCAGUCUGUUUUCUCAGUCUGUUUGUCUAUGAUUCAAUAUGUCUACCUAUAAACAAUCCAUCUUAUAAUAUUUUUAAAUGUGUUUUUAAUCUAUCUAUCUAUCUAUCUAUCUAUCUAUCUAUCUAUUGCAAGCUGUUAUUUGUCUGUCUCUUAUCUAUCUAUCUAUCUAUCUAUCUAUCUAUUGCAAACUGUUAUUUGUCUGUCUUUUAUCUAUCUAUCUAUCUGUUGCAAACUGUUAUUCGUCUGUCUUUUAUCUAUCUAUCUAUCUAUCUAUCUAUCUAUCUAUCUAUCUAUCUAUCUAUCUCUACUUUAUUAAAUCGGAUAUGUGAUCUGAAUUAA